CUUAGACACGCGAAGCAGAGGAGCACAGCGCACGAGCUAAGGGGCUCGACUGUUCUCGUGCCAGGCUCGUUUUAUUUGGCUUCGAAAAUAUUAAAAGUGGAUAUAUCACUCACAGGGCUUUCUCCCGGAGUGCUGCUGUCACCUGGACCCCUCCGCAGCUGUGCAGUUAAACAUGUCGUCAUCAUAUGCUGCUGCUAUAUCAGCCCUCCUCUCUACCAGCUCUUCUAGUUCACCCGCCAAACCCAGCCCUCAACCCUCCCCAGACACAGUAGUCAGUCCUAAACCCUCCCCCCAGCCCAAUGGACCCCCCCACUGCUCACCAGCUGCAAAGAUACAUCCUCAGUCACCUGAGCCUCUGGGAUCUUAUGAGGAGCAACAGGAGAAUCCUGCAGACUAUGGCAUAGGUGGUUACUACCUCGUUGAGAUCGGAGAGAUUUUUGUUGACCGUUACCAAGUGGUCAGAAAGUUGGGAUGGGGUCACUUCUCUACUGUGUGGCUCUGCUGGGACAUGGUGAAAAGACGUUUUGUGGCUCUGAAGGUGGUGAAGAGUGCCCAAAUAUACACAGAGACGGCACUGGAUGAGAUCAAACUUCUGAAGUGUGUAAGGGACAGCGACCCCAGAGAUCCUAAACGAGAGAGAAUCGUGCACCUGAUCGAUGACUUCAGGAUCUCUGGAGCGAAUGGAGAGCAUGUGUGCAUGGUUCUAGAGGUGCUUGGCCACCAGCUGCUGAGGUGGAUCAUUAAAUCUAACUACACCGGCCUCCCCCUGCCCUGCGUUAAGAGCAUCCUCAGACAGGUUCUGCAGGGUUUAGAUUACUUGCACACUAAAUGCAAGAUUAUACACACAGACAUCAAGCCAGAAAACAUCCUCCUAAGAGUGGACGAGGUUUAUAUUCAGAACCUGGCAGCCAACACCAAACUGUGGCAGCUGCCAGUGUCCUCUGCUAUCACCAGCUCCUCAGUAAACAGAGGCUCCAGAGAAAAGCAGAGUCUGUCCAACUUUUUGGGGAAGCUGACUGGAGUUUUCCACACUCUUGGGGAGUGGUCCAGCAAGGUCUCCAGGAGCCCAAUUAACCGGCUGACGAGGAAAGACAAGAGUCGACGGGGACAGGAGAGCACAUCAGACCACAAACAAAGAGACAAACCUCAUGUGUCUUUUUCUGAUGUCACUCCUCUGGCUAGCACCCAUAGCUCCACCUGUCACCCUAAGCUCGCAGGUCCUAACCUCACAUUAAGGAGGCAGACCCUGCUGUUGGAGGAUGGACUGGACUUGGCUCCACACAGUCACAGAGACUCCAUCUGCUCGUGGCCAGACCUCAACACAGAUGCUCCUGUCUCUGGCUCCAGAUCAGUGUUAUUACAUCAGACUGCAGACAAAGAGCCGCCUUCACCAUCUUCUCCCCGUAUCAGUGACUCUGAUGUACUUUUGGACCUGCUGAAGCCACAGAAUGCUGAUAAAAUCCUCAUUAAGAUUGCUGACCUAGGCAAUGCCUGCUGGGUGCACAAACACUUCACUGAAGACAUCCAGACAUGUCAGUACCGCUCCAUCGAGGUCCUGAUUGGUGCUGACUACGACACUCCAGCUGACAUCUGGAGCACCGCCUGCAUGGCAUUUGAGCUGGCCACAGGGGACUAUCUGUUCGACCCCCAGUCAGGAACCACAUUCUCCCGAGAGGAAGAUCACAUUGCCCACAUCAUUGAGCUGCUGGGACCUGUCCCAUCCCAGUUUGCCCUCUCAGGGAGAAAUUCUAAACGGUACUUCAACCGUAAAGGACAACUGCGACACAUCUCAAAGCUCAAGCCGUGGAGCUUGUUGGAAAUCCUUCAGGAUAAGUAUGAGUGGCCACGGGAGGAAGCCGUCCGGUUCAGCUCGUUCCUCUUGACCAUGUUGGAGCUGCUGCCAGAGAAAAGAGCCACAGCUGCAGAGUGUCUAAAACAUCCCUGGAUUGCCUCCUAGACACGCCAGCCCUGUAUGAUUCAGAGUCCAGUGGACUAGCUCUCUGUUCAGGAGCAGACUCAGACUUAUGGGAUGUGACAUGGGAAUUGGGUCAGUUGUGGGCAUAGUGUGGUGCUGGCAUCAUGAGCACAGCUUUGAUAAAUAUUUAUUAACCUGACUGAGAGCUUGUUGUUUCCCAGUUGGGUUGCUUGGUCUUUUAUUAUUUAAAUGGCCAUCACAGCCAAUCAUUUGGCACAAUUCAAUUGGCCUAGAGCCUUUUCAGUCCCGCAGCUAACUAAGAUCCCAGACACAAGGACAACAUUAUUUGAAGAGAAGAUACCUAUGUUUAUAAAUGGCAGUGACACCCUAC